AUGACCCAACAAGGCAUUAGAGAGGCUCCGAGUGCUCUCCACGACAAGAAUCCUUCCAGGUAUCUUGCGGUUCAACAUCAAAAACUCUUCAAAGAAAUUGAAGGACUCAUAGAGGAUGUUGAAGCCACCCUCGAAGAGGUUUCACGAGGGAUGUUGAAGACUAAUGACAUAGAAGUUUCUUUCCGAGGCCUUGUUAAAUUCCUCCAUGAUAAGAAAUUGAAGCGGGAUGAACUAAAAGCUUAA